UUCCCAUAUUCACCUACCCAAAAUACAAACAUAUGAAUCCAAGGAUUCAACCAUCUUCAUCAAUCUCAUCAUAUUCACAAUUCACAAAUCAAACCAAUUCAUACAAAAUAUAAGUAGAUAUUCAAUCCAAGGAACACCAUUUCUCUCCCAAAUCCACCUCUCAUUUCCCUCCAUUCCUAUCCUCCAAUGGCUUCCGCUACUUUCUCUCUCCUUCCUUCACCAACCUCUUCCAAAUUCCUCAAACUCCAUUUCCGUCGAAACUUCACCACCAUUAAAACCCCUUCCUUCACCAUCAAAUCUCUCUCCUCUCAAGCUCCGGCCUUAACUCAAGACCAACUCAAAAAACUCGCCGCCGAAAAAGCUGUCGAAUCGGUUAAAUCCGGCAUGGUUUUAGGUCUCGGAACUGGUAGUACUGCCGCGUUUGCCGUCGCAAGAAUCGGUGAACUUCUUUCCUCCGGACAACUCACCAACAUUGUUGGAAUCCCUACUUCUAAGCGUACUGAAGAACAGGCGUUAUCUUUAGGUAUUCCACUAUCGGUUCUUGAUGAUCAUCCUUGCAUUGACCUCGCCAUUGAUGGUGCUGAUGAGGUUGAUCCUGAUCUUAAUCUUGUUAAAGGACGUGGUGGUGCGCUUUUAAGAGAGAAAAUGGUGGAAGCUGCUAGUGAUAAGUUUAUAGUUGUGGUUGAUGAUACUAAACUUGUUGAUGGUUUAGGUGGUAGUCGUCUUGCUAUGCCUGUUGAAGUUGUUCAGUUUUGCUGGAAGUAUAAUCUCAACAGAUUGCAGGAAAUUUUUAAGGAGCUAGGCUGUGAGGCAAAGUUGAGGAUGGAAGGGAAUGGCAAGCCUUAUGUGACUGACAACUCUAAUUAUAUCGUGGACUUAUACUACUCAACACCGAUUAAGGAUGCUGAAGCUGCAGGGCGGGAAAUUUCGGCCUUGGAAGGUGUAGUGGAACAUGGGUUGUUCCUGGGUAUGGCUACUGAGGUUAUCAUUGCAGGAAAAACUGGGGUGAGUGUGAAGACCAAGUAAAAAUUCCAUCGGUUGUUUAAUAAAUUUUGGGUAUGGAAUAGUCUUCCUCUUCCUACAACUUGUUGUACCUCUUUACUUAUGUUUUCUCACUUCGUGUAAUGUUUAGUUGGGUUUCUAGGGUCUGAAUUGGAAAUUUUGGGUCUUCAUGUAUCCUUAUUUGUAGAUGAGAAUCUGUGGCGAGAUACAUAGAUAACUUGUCGAAUUGUGUACAUUACUCAUUGUUGCAAUAAAAUUCAUCAACUUUGAAAUGGCUUGCAA